UUAACAACUGUGACAGUGGAGAUGGGGAAAGAGAAAAAUAGAAACAGGUCAGGAAAGAGAGACUAAAAGAAAAGACAGACAUAGUUAUUGACACUGUCCAACAAAUUCAGAGAAACAGAUGCCACAAAGAGAGAGAGAGUAAAAGAGAAAGGAAAGCAAGAGAUCAGAAAGUAUACCAACUAAGAGCCAGUCCUCUUGGAGUGAGGACCAAGUACUUGUUUCUGGAAUUGGGUGGACCCAUCAUAAGGAGGACUCGACAUCAACCAACACAGCUACAAUGUACAGUGGAUAUGGAGGGAGUCCGUCCCGAACACUCUCCACUAUGUCGCUGUCCGUUCGCCCAGUCAGACGCAUCACCUCCAGAUCCAUCACUAGGAGCCAGAGUUUCACUGGAGUCAACACCUACGACAAGUCCUACAGGAACCUCUCAGUGUUCAGCACUCCAGGUCUCAGCAGGAAGCCCAGCAGAGCCAGCAGGAUGUUUACUAUGUCCACCAAGUCCAACCCGCCACCUAAAGUUCCUCAACCAGAGCGACUGGAUCAGGUCUAUGAGGCACUGAAAAAAGGCCUUCAGUCUUACCUGCAGGUUCAUCAAAUGGACUUGGACAGCCUCAGCAGACAGAUGAAAGAAUCAAAGAGGAACUCCAGACUGGGUUUCCUGUAUGAACUAGACAAGCAGGUGAAGGUGACUGAGCGGUAUAUAAGACGACUGGAGUUUCACCUCAGCAAGAUUGAGGAGCUCUAUGAAGCCUACUGCCUGCAGAGGAGACUCAGGGAUGGAGCCAACAAGAUGGUGAAGGCAUACACUGCUUCUCCAGGCAGCAAGGAGGCCAGGGAGAGUUUAACAGAAGCCAAUAAAGGAUACAAAGAGUACACAGAGAACAUGUGUGUGUUGGAGAGUGAGAUGGAGAACCAGCUGGGGGAGUUCCACAUUAAGAUGAAAGGUCUGGCUGGAUUUGCUAGAUUGUGUGCUGGUGACCAGUAUGAGAUCUUUAUGAAGUACGGUCGGCAGCGGUGGAAGCUGCGAGGCAGAAUCGAGAUCAAUGCCAAACAGGUGUGGGACAGCGAGGAGAUGGUGUUUCUGCCACUCAUCAAUGAGUUCCUCUCUGUGAAGGUGACAGAACUGAAGAGCUUAGCCAAUCACGUGGUUGUAGGGAGUGUUUCCUGUGAGACCAAGGACCUGUUUGCUGCACUGCCCCAGACGGUUGCCGUGGAUAUUAAUGACCUUGGGACUAUUAAAUUGAGCCUCGAAGUAACCUGGAAUCCAUUUGAUAAAGAUGACCAGGGGUCAGUAGCAAGCACAGUCAACAAAGCCCCAACUGUCAGUAAGAGAUUCUCAACAAUCUUCAACCAGAGUCCACCUGACACGCCGUCUCUACGUGAACAAGCCUUCUAUAACAUGCUGCGCCGCCAUGAGGAGCUGGAGAAUGGAACAGCUUGGUCUAACUCAUCUGAGUCUUCUGAUGACUCCUCUAGUCCUCAGCUGUCUGCAGGAGUGCUACGCAACUCCACACAACAUAAGGCAGUGGUGGUGACUCCAGAGAUCCAGCCAGCUGUAACAGGAAGUUCCACCCCACAACCUGAAAUCUCAUUUUGCCCCAGAGACUCCUCCUCCUCAACUCCAAACUCCACCCACAAAGUCAGUGCCAUCAGCGAGUUCCCCAACACACCCAAACACCAGGAAGAGAGCAACAGGGAAGAGGAGAAGGGGACAGUGACUAUGGUGACAAAACCCGACAGUGAGGAAGACAAUGCAAGGCAACAGUCUCCCAUAGCAGCAGUGGAUGGCGUUGUGUGGAACAGCCACACCUCAUGCAGCUACUUGCGAUCUCUGAGCCACAUCAGUGAAAGCAGCGCUGACGGCAUUGUGUUGACUGACAGGUCAGGCGGCGAAUCAGGGGAGGUGAUGUCUCUGGCCUCCGGGAUCUCCAUCAACGACAUUGAAAUGGAGAUGCCCAGCAGAACUCCUGAGCCGCCCGGCUCUGCUGCCACAGACACUGAUGCGUCACCAAAGAGACUCGGAGUCACUGAAGAAAAUGCUGAUGCUGUCACAGAUCAACAACCAAUCAGGGUGCAACAGGAUACAUCCAGCUCUUUGCUCACACCCUCCUCCCCCAGGACUGAAGGGAUGGACUCUAACACUCCAUCACACCUGGAGCUCGACAUCCUUCCAGAGAGCGGGGAUGUGACAUAUGUGGCCCGAUGGGUGCCGGUGGAGGAGGAGAUUCCAGGUGCAGGUGCAGACGGUCUGUCUAGAGAGGAUGAUGGUCCAGUGGACUGCGGGCUGGAGGAUGCCCUGGGAGCUGUAGUUUCCUCUCUGGAUGAUUAUAGGGGACAGUUCCCUGAGUUACAGCUGCUGGAACAUGAGCUGAAGCUGCUGCAGGUUACACUGAAGGGUGGCAGACACAGCCGUUCGCCCAGCGUGGUCAGCCUCACCGUGGAAACAGCUCUGGGCAGCUUUGAUUUCCUCGACACGUCUGACUGGGAGGAUGAGGAGGAAAAGGGAGACAAGAGGAACAGAAAAGGCCGGUCUCUGCAGGACAGAGGCUGGUACAGCCCCUCCUCUCCCACCUCCCCCCUCACCACAGGCUGCACCACUCUAGACUGCUCCCUGGUGGUCCACUUGAAGAACUGCAGUGCACAGUUGCUGCGUCUGGGUAUGUUUGGUCCUCUACGGUGUGGAGAGAUGUACGCCUUAGACAGACUGCUGAGAGAGGCCAGGGUGCUGGAAAUCAUCCGACGCAUCACCAAGGACAACCCAAGACGCCUCAGACAACCUGCUGAAGUGGUACCUCAGCUGGGCAUGUGCCUGGGUGCCGAGUCACUAUGGCAACACAGUGUGGGGAAGGGCAGUGUGUACAGCAUCUCUGCUGAGAGAUUCCUGGUUACGCUAUCUACAGCCUACUCCAGCAUACUGCCCGAGAGGGUGAACAGCAUGGCAGACACAGUGUUCUUGUGUCUUGUUGAGCGAGUGCUGGAUCAGAGGUUACCACGGCGAGGCAGCAACAGAGACACAGUGACGGUGACGCUGUUCCAGCUGUGGAGUUACUUAGACGCCAACAGCAUCAGUGACAUGGAAACACACAUCACGGAACUGGCAGAAGAAGUGUGGCUGGUGCAGAGGCUGGCAUCAUGUGACCAGGAUGUGAUCGUCCACACGCUGCGGCGUCCUGCAGAGUGCAGCCUGAGAAGAGAGGGACUUCAUGCUGUGGCUAAAUUACUAAAAGACCCACGAGGCAAAGUGUCAGCCUCUGCCAGCUCUGUGCUGAGGAGCCUGGCUGCUCAGCCCCGGCAGAGAGAGCAGGCUUUGGUUAGCUGUCUGGAGCUUCUGGAGGACCAGAGUGUGGACACCAGAGUCUGUGGAUGCAAGGCCUUGGCUUGCCUCAAGGCUAAAGAAAGUAUUGACCAGCUAGUGUAUCUCUGUCGGACGGACAAGGAGGAGGUCCGCGAUGCUGCCAAACAAGCUCUGCUUGUGCUCGGGGAGGAGGGGAAGAUGGCCCACAGACAUGUGGAGACGUCUCAGGACAGCAUACCAAGACUCUUCGCUCCAGGAAGCAUGGCCAGCACAGCUUUCUAACCACACAUACACACACACACACACACACACACACACACACACACACACACACACACACACACACACACACACAUACAUACACACACACACACACAAACCAGAAGGUCAGCCAGACAAUAUGAAUACUGUGUAUUGUGCAGUGCUUUGACACAGUAUGCUGUUCUAUUAUAUAUACUGAAACAUGCAAAGACAAAUAUGAUCUAUGAUACACAUUAUAUACACUGUCAGAGAGCUUACAUUGAUAUUCACAUGGAGGACAGACCUCUGCUUAACACUGGGCAAACAUUUAAAAUCAGUAAGCUACAAAUAUACCAGUUCAUGUGAUAACUACUCCUAGAAUAUCAGCUGGUAAAGAUGCUGGAAAGAAUGUAUAAUGUGAGCAGGCUGGAAUGGAAGGAUGGAUAAAGAGAGGAAUUGACAGAUGGAUACUGAAGGAAGAAGAUGUGGAGUUAAGAGGACAGGGAGGAACAUGUCUAUAUACAAGUCAGAUGACUGGACAAACUCCUGUUCAUCGCAGUUAUGUCCUUCCAUGGCCCAGACACAAAUAUUUUAUGUUAAAAUAAUUAAAGGCACUUUUCUUGGCCUACUAAAUGCCAAAAAAUGUACAAAAGGUUAAGUGUCUUAUGAUUUCUGAUAUCAAAGUUUUAUUAUUUCACUCUCUGUGUUUUGACUGGUCACAUGUUGAACCAGUAGACAUGCUACAGAAUAAUACGACCCCAAGCUCCAGCUCCUUUUCUUUAUGGACACUGCUGUCUCUGAUUCAGGCUUUGAUCAGUCCUGUUCCAGAUGGACGACUGGUUCUGUGACAUGUUGGCAAACUCAACAUUAAUGACACUAAAUGGCUUUUCUCAUACAGCUCUGUCUGCACUGUAGCCACUGGUUCUACUUAUGCUUGUUGAUUGCAGUUUUUGCCAGAUGGCUGUGGUUACCUGUCUGCAGGAGUUGCACCAAGGCUGUAGUCCAGAUCACUGUUAGAGUCCACAUCUGACUGGUUCUCAGACCUAGUCGAGUGAGUGAGUCCCUAUGAAACCAAAUUUAGACAGAGACCAACUAAAUAUCAAAUAGUAUUUGAUGAAGAAUAUCCCUCCACUGUGUUAUAAGCUAACUAUGAAAGUGUGAUGUCUGUCACUGCACAGCCACACAACUGAGAGGUAACUGAAAGCAUUGUGAGCAGACUCGAGAGCAGACUACAGCCCUGACUUUGCAACACUGUGAAAUGCACUCACAAGCUGAGACUGUAGAGGAAGUUGUCACAGAAACAGUGACUGACUCACUGACAUGGGAAAAAUAUUGGUUUGUGCUCAAAACACAGACGUUCUGAAAUUAUUGAUCUUGUUCAUAUGAAUUUCUUUUUCACUGCAGGAACAAGCAGAAGAUUAUUGAGACUGUGAACUCAUUAAGAUCCACAGAAACAUCAGCCUGAAAUAUUGGAUAGGUUCAGAUUCUUUCUAAUCUCUUUUAUUAUACUAAAGUCUACUUAUUGGUUGCUGUAUUUGUUGCUCCCGUCUGUUAUGGCUCUGACCUUCGUAGCAUGAUUGCACUCACUCACCAAAAGAACAACCCUAACCCACUGUUCUCUUAGCAGCCUCCUCGCUGCAUCCCUCUGCCUCCCUGACCUCUCCAAGAGCCGUGUGUGUUUUGUGUGUGACAGAGGAAGUUGGACAGAAUGUUAAAACCCUGCUGAGGAGGUUUCUAUGGAAUAUCUCUUUAUCUUGAGAUAACAAAACAUUGUUUUCUGCUGAUAAUAUCUCAUUAUCUUGGGAUAAUGAGCUUUGUUAUCUGGAGAUAAUGGGAUAAAAAAUAUUUGUGAGUAUAGGCUUUCUCGGCUUCCGUAGGUUUCAGGAGGUUUCAGGUGCUGUAAGAGCGACAUACUGAGGCCUCAAGAGAUGUGAUACAAAUCCCCAUGUCCUGCUGAAGUGAAUAUGAGGCUUCAGUAGGCUGCCCUCUGGAGGCACAGCAAAGAGACGUGUGUGUUCCUGCAUUGAAAAAGAAAGAUAAAAAUUAUAAACUACAUCUUGAAGAUCUUUAUUUUUGAGUGCAAACCAGGACUUGUCUCCAUUGAGUUGAACUUCAUGCAUGUUGAAUCACAUGCAUGAGCAUUAAAACUCUGAUUUAGAGGAUGACUUUAGAGUGUCCUGUGGGUCAUAGGACUGUGUCAGAAGAGAGCCACACCCUGGGAAGCAAAGAAAUGAAUGAGAUUUUUAUUGGAUUGUAUUGGUUGAUUUGAUGAGAAAGGACAGGGUGUAUGUUCUUUUACAUUCGUCCUGGAUCUUUCAGUGGAGCUGGAAUCCUUUAGCCAAAUGUAUUAUGAAGCUGCUGGUGACGGUUGAGCAGGUAGGGCUUCACUGUGAUGCUCAGGGUGACAUGAUGUUGCUCAUGCAGGGAGGGAACUCUGGGUGCAGUAGAUACAGCAGCUCAAACAGCUGUAGUCAGUAGCCACUAAUGCCACUGGCUUAUUAACUGUGAAUCGUCUUCCAGUUCAAAAGAUAAAAAUGAAAGCUUUUCAUUCUCUGUCUUGCAGCCUUUUUGUUUCAUGUUGUCAACACACUGGCAACAGGUUAAAAAGAGAAGUCACACUGUAGUUCUGGAUAAAGACUGAGACUCUAGAUACUGGAUAAGUUGCUUCUGAAUAGAGACUGGUUUAAACAAUUCAGUGCCAUCACUCUUUAUAAUAUGACAUAACUAACUCUUAAUGGAAAUACAUAUAUGAUUGUAAAUUGUUUUUAUCUAGCAGAGUCGUUGUUUGUAAAUGUAUACUUUGUUUUAUGAAAUGCAUUUUUACUGUCGAAAAUUAUUCUCAUUCAUUCAACAAUCAGUUUGAACUGAUUCAUUGAAUGACACUAAUCUGCUGUUAGUGGAGGUGGAGUCACUGAAAGGUUGUAUUACUGUCACAGACUGCUGUGGAGGAGCAGACAGACGGAUCACGCAGAGACAGACUGGUCCAUGCGGGUCUGGGACCGGGUCAAAUUCAGAUCAUUAAAAGUUGAACCUCUUACAGUGAAUCAUUGAAGAUCUCUGGCUUUUAGAAAGCAUAAGAAUUUCCAUCUGUCUGUCCAUUUGUAUCCUUCAACACUUGAUCAGGAAUAAGUAAAACAUAACUAGGUUUCAAUUCUGGCCCCAGACAUGGGCUCAUGAAUUAUUAAAUGUCUGGUCUUACCACUGUUUCUGCAGAUUAAUGUCAUUUACUACAAAUAACAACUCAAAUCUUUAUAGUGCUACUGAUUAUUUUCCAAAGUAGGCACACUGCAUUCACCAAAGAAAAACACUGAAGACUUUAUUAUUGACCUCAAAGUCAGUAAUUUAUAAUUAUGACUCAGUAAUUUAUAAUUACACGAUGUGUGUCUAUUAUGACAAUUGAUAUUGUAUAUAUCCAUCUAUUAUGAGAUGAUGACCUUGUAAUUACAAGACAGUUUCCUCAUAACUUUAAAAUAUGAUCCCACUGUUUUGUGAGUCUGAGUUACAGAGUAAUGUUUUAGGAUAACUGGUCUCCAUUUAUUUAAGCACAGUAUCAUCACAAUACACAUCAUGUGUACAACAAUAAUGUGACUAAAUGUAAACACAGAGCUGAUGGUAACUGUGCUGUGAGGGAUUUACCACACUCAAGCAAGCUUCACCUGUUUGUAACUUCACAUUGUGAGUGAACACAUUCAAAAAUGUAAAGCAGCAUUGCAAGCAUGAAGUCAAGAAUGUGGUUUUUAGUAAAUGGGUAAAAAAGAUGCAAAAACACUGGUAUCAUUCUUUGAACAGUGGUAAUAUUUCUUGGUAAUAUUUCUAUUUGUGACUAAAGUCACCCAAAGCUUUCCUCAAUGUGUGAAACUCAGUUACCCACACUGAGUUUUGACCAAUAGGAGUGGAAAUGCCAAAGUGUCCAGCCCCAGUGACUUCAGUCCUCCCUGCUUCAUUAAUUUCAUUGUGACUCUGCUGACAGUGAUGCUGCCACUCUGCCUUUUUCAUUUCCUGAGCACCAUUACUUGAGGGUCAUCUCAGUCUGAUGACUGAUGAGAGUUUAUCAUUAGUAUAUUUAUAAUAUAUAGUUGUGUGGCAGGUUGCAUACUCUAUAUUAGGUCUAUGAUGUAUUAAUGUUGACUCUGCACUGUUCUGGCAGUGAAAAAAUAGAAUUACUGCUGUGCGGUUGUUUGCCAACCAAUCAAACUGCAGGAAAUAUGGUCACAACCUUUUCUUCCAUUCCUGAGUUACAGUGUUGAUUAAUGGCCAGAAAAGUGUU